CACCGGCAGCACCGGCGGAGGCGGCACCGGGGCUCAGCGCAGCGGAGCUGAUGUCCAUGAGGAGCCCCGUCUCUCCACCCCCGGAGCUGGAUGGAGCGGGCACCAUGGUGAACUGCGCCGUCAAGACCGAGGAGAAGAAGGAGGGCGGCCCUGAAACCCCCCCGGGGGCUGCCCCCAGCGCUGACCCCCGGCCCCAGGACCCACCAGGGCCACCUCCCCGGGAUGGCACCGACCCCCAGGCCCUGCCACAGGAAUCCCGCUCUCCCUCCGGGGAUGUCCCCGAGCCCCGGCGCUCCGCCUUCGAGCCGGCCGGGAGCGGCCAGGAGAAGCUGGACUUCAACAGGAACCUGAAGGAAGUGAUGCCAACCAUCGAGAAGCUGCUGGCCAGUGACUGGAAGGAGCGGCUGCUGGGCCGGAACGCGGCUGAAUCCAAGGAAGUGAAAGGAACGCAGGAGAGCCUGGCGGAGAAGGAGCUGCAGCUGCUGGUGAUGAUCAACCAGCUGUCCACGCUGCGGGACCAGCUGCUGACGGCGCACUCGGAGCAGAAGAACAUGGCCACCAUGCUCUUCGAGAAGCAGCAGCAGCAGAUGGAGCUGGCACGGCAGCAGCAGGAGCAGAUCGCCAAGCAGCAGCAGCAGCUCAUCCAGCAGCAGCACAAGAUCAACCUCCUCCAGCAGCAGAUCCAGCAGGUCAACAUGCCCUACGUGAUGAUCCCCGCCUUCACCCCUGGCCACCAGCCCCUGCCGGUGACCCCCGAGUCCCAGCUGGCGCUGCCCAUCCAGCCCAUCCCCUGCAAACCGGUGGAUUACCCAGUGCAGCUCCUGCACAGCCCCCCUCCUGCCACGCUCAAGAGACCCGCGGGCCCGGGACACCUCCAGAUGCAGGAGACCUCGCAGCCGCUGAACCUGACGGCCAAGCCCAAGGGCUCGGAGCUGCCCAGCGCCUCCAACUCUCCCAGUUUGAAGAUGAGCGGCUGCCAGGCGCUGCCGCCGAGCCACGGGGCCAGCAGGGAGCUGCAGAGCAGCCCCUCCAACCUCCCGCUGGGAUUCCUGGGAGAGGGCGAUGCCAUCACCAAAGCCAUCCAUGACGCGCGGCAGCUGCUGCACGGCCACAGCGCCACCAUGGAGGGGUCACUGAGCAGCCCCUACCGCAAGGAGCCCGUCGGGAUCGACUCCUCCCCGGCGAAGGAGCGGAUGGAGGAGACCCCCACCCACCGGCUGGACGAGGCUCUGCUGAGCUGCGAGAUGGACGGCUCCCGACACUUCCCGGAGUCCAGGAACAACAACCACAUCAAGCGGCCCAUGAACGCCUUCAUGGUGUGGGCCAAGGAUGAGCGCAGGAAGAUCCUGCAGGCCUUCCCAGACAUGCACAACUCCAGCAUCAGCAAGAUCCUGGGAUCCCGCUGGAAAUCCAUGUCCAACCAGGAGAAGCAGCCCUACUACGAGGAGCAGGCGCGGCUGAGCCGGCAGCACCUGGAGAAGUACCCGGACUACAAAUACAAACCGCGGCCCAAGCGCACCUGCAUCGUGGAGGGCAAGCGGCUGCGCGUGGGCGAGUACAAGGCGCUGAUGAGGAACCGGCGUCAGGACGCCAGGCAGGGCUACUUGAUAGGGCCGCAGGGCAGCCAGGUGCCCCCCAGCUCCUCAGACGUGCUGUACCCGCGGCCGGUGGGCGUGCAGCUGCCCCCGCCCCUCCUGGAGCAUUACCUGCCCCGCGGCGUGGACCCCACCAUGCCCGUCAUCGUCAACACCCGCAGCCUCAAGGACGGCGACGCCGGCGACGACGGGCACUCGGUGCCCGAGGGGGACAUGUACCGCUACAGCGAGGACGAGGACUCGGAGGGCGAGGACAAGAGCGACGGCGAGCUGGUGGUGCUGACGGACUGAGGGGACACAGGGGGACAGUGGCAGGGCUGGCUGCCACCUCUGGGCGUGUCCUGGUGUGGUGCCACGCAGAGCUGCCCACCUAUAGAAGGGUGGGAGCUGCCCACCUGGGAUUUUGGGUGGCAAGGACUGGCUUGGCCUUGCUUUGGUGGCACGUGGAGGUGAGGCCAGCGAGCCUGGAGAUUUGGUGACGCUGUGGCUGCUGCGCUGUCACCCCCGAGGGGACCUGAGGCUCUUGGACUGCAGGGAACCUCCAGAGCAUCUCCAGCCCUGCAGCACUUGUGGGUGAGAGAGCCUCACCUGCUGCACUGCUGGGCACGGGAUGGGGACACAGGACAGGGACAUGGGAUGGGGACACAGGACAGGGACAGAGGAUGGGGACACAGGACAGGGGCACGGGAUGGAGACACAAGACAGGGACACAGGACAGGGACAUGGGAUGGGGACACAGGACAGGGACACAGGACGGAGACACAGGACAGGGACACACUGGUCCCUCCUCUAUCCUGGUGUGACCUCCCCUCCGCGUUUCCCGCUCGCUCUUUGGCUCCUGCCAGCGAAUUCCCACCGAGCCAAUUUUAGCUCCAGCCUGGCCCCGGCUCCAGCCAAGGGCUCCUCGGGGCUCUUUGUGCUGCCGGCAGCUCUGGCCCAGUUUGGGAAUAAAGCAGGGGCUGUUCCUGCCCUGCCAGCCCUCCCUCGGCGGGGAUGUGCCCGCCUGUGCCCGGGCACCUGGCACCGCAGCCCGGGUGCACCUGAGCCCUGAGGGGUGAGAGGGAGGGAGAGGGAACGGCUGUGAGGGAAAGGAAUGAUGAGGAAAAUGAGCUUGGGGUGGUCAGAGCCUGCUCCAGGGGCUGGGGUGUGGCUGGGCAUGGCGGUGUCCAGGUGAGAGUUAGGGGUGUCCAGGUGUGUGUGCCAUGUCCAGGUGUGUGUGCCACAUCCAGGUGUGUGGCAGUGCCCAG